UUGAAGUUUACAUACAACUAAAUACAUCACAUAGUGAGUUCGUUACCAAUUUAAUGAAUUUUUAAACACUUUAAUAAUGCUUAAUCCAUCUGAAGAUAACAUAAGGAAAAACCUUAAAGUCAUAUCUUUAGUAAAAAGAAAUCCGUUGUUGUUUCAAAGCUCGUCCGUGGAGCGAGCAGUAAUGUGGAGGAAAAUUGACGAAGUUUGUGGAUUCGAUGAUUAUGGAGCCAAAAGUCGGUGGUCAUUUCUGUACGAAAAUUUUUGCAAACACGUAAUAAAGGUGGCAUUUAGAAAUGCACAUUCAUUUCACAGGACAGAUAUCACAUAUGUGCAGUUCAAUGAAUGGCCUUAUUUUGAAGACAUGAAGUUUAUGCUGCCUCAUGCAAUAAGCUCCAUGGGCGAACACGAUAUGAAGGCGAUAAGAACAAAGAUCAUGAAAAGCGAAGUUCCUGGCGUGGAGGAUGUUGAAGAUCAAGAUUCUGGUUCGUUACUAGAUGUGAAAGAGAGUACGGUUAAUUUUGAGUCAUAUAAAGAUAUUAAUAAAGAGAUUCCUUUAACAUCGUCUACGACUAUAAAGGAUAACCAUUCCACUGUUACCUUAAACGCAAAUCUCAAAGACAGUGCAGAUAAGGUUCCUGCUGAACAAAAGGUUGGAGACAAAGUUUCUCAAGUUAAAACGAGUAUUUUGCAAUGGUUAGGAAGAGACAAAGAUGAUUUUACUGCAAAAAAGAGAAAACUUGAACACACUCAAACUUGCCCAACAAGCACACCUGCUAAAGCAGCAAAGAAAAAUAAACCCGACAAGAAUAAAUCGUCUUCUCACGAGGAUUUAUCAUCGGAAGAAAUUAAUAGUGAGAAACCUUCAACAUCAUCCAACCACUUUUCUUCGUCUAGUACCUCGAACACAAAUCUCAACAGUAAUACCGAUAAAGUUUUUGCUGAAGUAAAGGUUGGCGACAAAGUUUACAAAGUCGAAGUGAAUAUUCCUGAAGGGUACAAAAAUGAUUUUACCACAAAAGUAAGAAAAAUUGAAUGUACUAAAACAUCCUCAACGAGCACGUCUACUAAAUCAGCAAAGGGAACUUUGCCCAACAAACCUAAAUCGACUGCCAAUGAGAAAGUAUCACCAGGGGAAAUAAAUAAUAAGAAGCCUCCAACAUCAUCUACUGCUACUAAAGGAACAAAGGAAACUAUGACCGACAAACCCAAAUCGACUUCCUAUCAGGAGUUAUCACCAGAGGAUCAAAGUUUAAAAGCAUUUUUUAACUCUAUGCUGCGGACGACGCAGAGCUUGCCGAAGUGCCAUCAAAGUAAUAUCAAAACUAGCUUGGUGCUAGCUUUGCGAAAUCAAUCCAUGGACGUGGAGGACCACACAUUAUCCGACACCGAAGCAAUCGAGCACAAAAAAGGCAAGGUCUGUUCGGAACAGGACAGAAGCAGAGUCGCGGAAGCAGCAAACAGAAACGACGACUGUUUAAGUCUGGCAGCAUCUUUAGAGGUCGACCACGAAACAAGACUGAAAACCGAGUCCCUUACCGUGGAAGAAGUGCGCGAUAUUGUAAAGUGGGUUGAAGAGAACAGCACUUUGACACUGAAAGAAAUCCAACUGAAAGUGUACUAUGCCUUCGAUAAAGAAGUGUCGAUCUGCACAAUAUAUGACUCUUUACAGGGCAGGCUGUAUACGACUAAACAACUAAACCACCAGCCAGCGACCAUCAACAGAGCCGAAAAUAAGGCAAAACGCGCCGAAUAUGUAAGAGCUUUAAAUAAUUUUAUACAAGCUGGAAAACAAAUAAUAUAUAUUGACGAAACAAAUUUCAAGUUGUUUUGCCGUGGCACACAGGAUCGGAUACGUCCUCAUUUAAGAGCAAUUAAGAUACAUCUUAUCGGAGCUAUAGCCACAAGCGGAAUAAUAGCGAUGGAUUGCCGACGCAGAUCUUUUAAAGCUGCGCAUGCAUACAGUUGGAUCAAAAAAGUCCUUCAGAGAUGGUUUAAGAUGGGUAACAACCUUGCGGAUUUAGUUGUGGUGUGCGAUAAUGAUGCUCCGUGCUACAACCACCUGAAAUAUUCGAUCAAUAUUUUAAACGCCACAACAAAGGCAACACUCCUAAGCCUGGAACCACAUUCGCCAAUGCUGAACCCUAUGGAAAUAAUUUGGACUAAAAUAAAAACUUAUGUGAACGCAAAUAUUGAUCUUCUAGAUAUGGUUGGUCCAGGCGUAGGCGAAGAGUGGCUUUCUUAUUUCGAGCGUCGUGUUAGUGAGGCAAAAGCAACAAUUGUUGACGGUGAUUGCAGUAAUGCAAUCGAACAUACCACCUCCUUUCAUCCGGAUGCACUGUCUUUGGACGAUAUGCCAGUUAGCAUACAAACUGCACCUAUGCAUGUAUAUUAGUAACUGUUAGCAAAUAAGUGUUAUUUUUUAAAAAAAUGUGAAAAAACUGAUAAAUGGAUUUGAAAAACAUUGGGGCUGCCCAGAAUGUUGUGAAAAUGGUCCUCGAUUUGCAGUUGGGAUUGCAUUUGCAAAUUUGCAACUUGCUGCCAUGGCAACCGUGUUUUAUUAUUGGAACGAUAUCGUCGUUUAUAGUACAAAACCGCAUAUCAACAAAAUGCAAAACCACGUAUCAAGAUAAUGCAAAGCCGAAUCGAACAAACUUUAUCAGGCCGAUUCUGAACAGAAACUCCCUGCGAGUUUUCUCUCUUUUCCCUUUCCUCCUAUCAUGAAUAAAAAUUCCC